AUGACACUCGUCCAAAGAGCCGUCGGUCAAGACCGUUUACUCGCCUUCGCCGCCAUCGUUGUUGUUGUCGUCGUCGUCUCCUCUUGGCCCUUGGCAAGCCCCUCCAACGCUCAAGAGUCCCAGCAACGUGCUCGCUUUCUUUCUGCCGCCCCCUGCUUCGCUUGCACAUUACACGCCUCGACGGCGGUGGCCUACGUUGUGUCGUACACACACACACACACACACACACACACACACACACACAUCGCGGAAUCGCUCUGA